AUGAGAUCCUCUACCGCUGCGGUAGUGGCAUUCGCCGCGUCCACCAUCCCUCUCAUAUCCGCCAUUCAUCUGGCUCCUCGCUCCGAAACCCCCAGAGUCCUCAGCCUGCCCAUCGAAAGAAGAGCGCCCAAAGACAUCCUCGCCCACGACCGAGCACGGUUAAGCAAAAGAGCAGGGACAGUCGAGCAGACGUUGGACAACCAGGAGAGUCUGUACUUUGCGAACAUUUCCCUGGGCACGCCGGAGCAAGCCAUUCGAUUACACAUUGACACGGGCAGUUCGGAUCUGUGGGUGAACACGGCCAACUCUUCGCUGUGUACAUCCCGCGGCGAUCCAUGCGACGGCGGCACCUACGAUCCCACCUCCUCCUCCACCUACAAGCUCGUCAACAAUGCCUUCAACAUCUCCUACGUCGACGGCUCAGGCGCUUCCGGCGACUACGUGUCCGACACCCUCCACUUCGGCGGUGAGACCUUGACCGACUUCCAAUUCGGCAUUGGCGAAUUCUCCACGUCCGAUGAGGGCGUCCUGGGAAUCGGCUAUGCCUCCAACGAAGUCCAAGUCAACCGCGCAGGUCUUGAUCCCUAUCCCAACCUACCUGUUGCCCUGGUCGAUGCGGGCAAGAUCGCCUCCAAUGCCUACAGUCUGUGGCUGAACGACCUGGACGCCUCGACCGGUCAGAUCCUCUUCGGCGGUGUCAACACGGCCAAAUACGAAGGGGAUCUAGCCACGGUGCCAGUCAUCCAGAGCUAUGGCGGCUAUUACGAACUUCUUGUCGCCUUGACCGGUGUCACCCUGGCCGGAACAGAUCUGUCAACAUCCAGCUCUCUGCCCGCGGCCGUGCUUCUCGACUCGGGCGCCACCCUCACCUACCUCCCGAACGACAUCACGCAACAAAUCUACGACCAAGUCCAAGCCGUCUAUUCUUCUAGCGUCGGCGCCGCCUACGCAAACUGCUCCUUGGCAUCGUCGGAUGCCACUCUCGACUUGACAUUCUCCGGGCAGACCAUCAAGGUCCCUUACAACGAGCUGCUUCUCGAUGCCGGAACCAACCAGUACGGUCAGCCUUUGACUUUCGAGAACGGCGCACAAGCCUGCCUGUUCGGUGUAGCGCCCGCUUCCGGAUCCACGCCCGUUUUGGGAGACACGUUCCUCCGCUCCGCAUAUGUCGUCUACGACCUGGCCAACAAUGAGAUCUCUCUCGCCCAAACCGUCUUCAACUCGACUACAGAUGACAUCCGGGAAAUUACAAAGGGCGCGAAUGGUGUCCCCAACGCCACCCCCGUCGCAAACCCCGUCACAGACAUCGCAGCCGGCACGGGCGGCGCAAGGCUCGGCGGUGCCACAGCGACCGUCACCGGCUUUUCCAGUGCCACCACUACCGCCGGUACAGACAACGCAGCACCGCCGAGCAAGGGUGCAUCACGAGGCGCGAUGAUCGGUGCUGUCCUGGCUGCGGUGGCUGGAGCAGCCGCCGCGUUAUGA